AUGGAUAGCUGGUGCAAGAAGACAUUUGCUGCAAAUGGACUUCUGAAAGAAAUACAAGCCAGUGAAAUAUCACUGGAGCAGGCUGAACAAGAGAAAUACAUGCCCACAUUUGCAAGCCACUUACAUUAUCGAACGAUCGAUGUAUCAAGCAUUAAGGAGUUAGCAAAACGCUGGUAUCCAGACAUAUAUGCAAAAAGGCCGCGGAAAGCGGAAGCCCAUAGAGCUCUGGAUGAUAUCUGCGAAAGCAUUGAAGAAUUACAGUGGUAUAGGAAAAAUAUAUUUGUGCCUCAUACUUAG